AUGACAGAGAUUGUAAACUUGCCACCGUCUCUGAGGUCUUUAAACCCAAAGAUCUCUCUUUUGCUUCCUCGUCGUAUCUCUAGCUCUUUCCCUCAACGGAUAAAAUUCAAAUUUCUUUGCUUUCCCGAGAAAAUCUGUUUGGUAUCGGAGAGAAUCCGAGUAUUAGGAGUCGAUGCCCGGAAACAGGACGGUUGCGUGCAAGAGCUCGAUGACUCGCCGGUUUCUGUUGAGCUCGGACCGAUCUGUAGCGAGAGCAACUUCGAUCAGGUGAUGGAGGAAGCUCAGAAGCUCGGUGAAUCAGUUGUGAUUGUCUGGAUGGCAGCUUGGUGCAGGAAAUGCAUUUACCUAAAACCCAAACUCGAAAAGCUCGCUGCUGAAUUCUAUCCAAGACUGCGGUUUUAUCAUGUUGAUGUCAACUCUGUGCCAUACAAACUUGUGACUCGUGCAGGGGUUACGAAAAUGCCAACCAUACAGCUAUGGAGAGAUGGGAAGAAACAAGGUGAAGUUAUUGGCGGCAACAAAGCGCAUUUUGUGGUUAACGAAGUCCGAGAGAUGAUAGAGAACGAUUCCAUCACUUGCAGUUAA